AGUCACAGUAUACUAAGUAUGCUGUGGUUGAAGUCAUAGAUAAUAUAUAUGGACUAUAUUGUAAUUGUAUUAUGUUUGUGGACUAUAUGGUAAAAGUCUUAAAAGUGAAAAAGAAGACCCUAACCUAAGUUUAUUAAAUUAUUAACAAUAUAUAUUAUGGCUUCAUAUCUAACAAAUGUUACAAAAACCUUUCAAAAGUUAACAUUAACUUCAAGAUUAAGAGUUCCACCAAUAUUAAUUAAAGAACUAGACCAGGAUUUACCGAAAAAUAAGACAUUAAUCUACAAUGCUUCAAGGAACACAAAUUUCUUUAACAAAUUACCUGCUCAGGACCUAUGGAAAGGUAUUACCUCUGUGAGUAAUGCAGGAAAGAAGAGAGGACGUGGAAAAAAUGUAUCGAAGUCUAAAAUUAAAGAUUUGAAUCGUGGGCAAAUUAUUGGAGUUGGUAAAGCUAAUAUGGUUUGGCCUGGUCUGUCGGCACCUAUAAUUAGAGGAAAGGAAUUGGUAGAACAACAAAAACUACCCGAGGAUCCCGAAAGAGAAAAGAAGUUAAUUCAACUAAGAGAUCAAAUGGGAACUUUUAAAUUUCCCAAACUAAGUCCCAUUGAAAGAGGAUGGUCAGGCUCAAAAAUGCCAGGACGAAGUAUAGGACCGCCAGAUCCAGUCGGCGAAGAUACUUUUGAUGGUUUUGACACAAAAGUUUUGGAACUAAAAAUGGUUUUUAACAUGAAAGGAAAUUUUGGCCGAAAAAGGAGAAUGUCCUGUCUGGUUAUAACAGGAAAUAAAAAUGGACUAGCUGGUUUCGCAAUGGGUAAAGCUCAGGAAGCAAAAACAGCUCUAAGGAAAGCAAAAAACAGAUCGGGUCAAAAAUUGAUGCACAUCAAGUUGUUUAGAAAUCACACCGUGUGUCACGAUUUUUUCACACAAUUUGGUCUAACCAAGAUAUACGUUUCCCAAAAACCGGAAGGCUACGGUUUAGUUUGCCACAGGGCUAUUAAAACUAUGUGUGAGGUUAUUGGUAUUAAAAAUUUACAUGCAAAGAUUGAAGGAUCAACUAAUGUUAACCAUAUUAUGAAAGCGUUUUUCCUUGGGCUGAUUAGACAGAAGUCACCUGAAGAAAUAGCUGAAGAGAAAAAGCUUCACUUAGUGGAAAUAUGCAAAGAAAACAACUACUUUCCAAAGGUAAUCGCUUCUCCAAAGGAAUGUCGUAAAGCGGAGGAGAUACCCAAAGAUGAAUUAUUGGAUUUUACGCAGUACUGCUAUGAUGGAAGGGUAGUACUCAAAAAGAAAAAGCCACCGCCGUUUUACACGAAACUCAAAUCUUACCAAAUUUAUUUGAAGAAACAGGAAAAAUUAAGAAAUCAAGCUGGCGUUAGGCUUAAUCUCAUUGCUGAAUAUGGAGAAAUUAGAAGUUUUUUGGGAGAUAAGUAUCCUGAAUGUAGGCAGUACAGGCUGCCAAAGGAAGAAGAGGGAGAAAAUGCUUGAUAUGUACAUACAGAAUAUUUUAAUUUUGUUUAUUAAAAUAGUGUUUUUUGAAAAUGUUUCUUUUUUAAAUAAAUAAUAAAACUUCA